UUGGCUGAGAAGAAAAAACGGCGUACGUUCCGUAAAUACACCUACAGAGGUGUCGAUCUUGAUCAGUUAUUGGACAUGACCAGUGACCAACUCAUGGAAUUAUUAGGCUCGGGUGUCAGACGACGAUUUUCACGAGGGUUGAAACGUCAACCUAUGCACUUGAUGAAAAAAUUGAGGAAAGCCAAGAAACGAGCAGGUCCUUUUGAGAAACCAGAGGUAGUAAAGACACAUUUAAGAGAUAUGAUCAUCGUACCGGAGAUGAUUGGCA